AGGCAGCAGCGAGCGCCCGCGCUCCCACGCCCCCCGGCGGUGGGGCCGAGCGAGGCCCAGGAUGGUUCGCGGCACUGACCCCGCUAUGUUCCGGAUGUUACUGUGCCUGCUGCUGCUGUGGCUUCUGCCCCCCAUCAAGGGGUCCCAGCGGGCUGAGCCCAUGUUCACAGCAGUCACCAACUCCGUUCUGCCCCCCGACUAUGACAGCAACCCCACCCAGCUCAACUACGGCGUGGCGGUCACCGACGUGGACCACGACGGGGACUUUGAGAUCGUCGUGGCAGGGUACAACGGCCCCAACUUGGUUCUGAAGUACGACCGGGCUCAGAAGCGGCUGGUGAACAUCGCUGUGGAUGAGCGCAGCUCGCCCUACUACGCGCUGCGGGACCGGCAGGGGAACGCCAUCGGGGUCACGGCCUGUGACAUUGACGGGGACGGCCGCGAGGAGAUCUACUUCCUCAACACCAACAACGCCUUCUCCGGGGUGGCCACAUACACGGACAAACUCUUCAAGUUCCGCAACAACCGCUGGGAGGACAUCCUGAGUGACGAGGUCAACGUGGCCCGUGGCGUGGCCAGCCUCUUCGCCGGACGCUCUGUGGCCUGUGUGGACAGGACGGGCUCCGGACGCUACUCUAUCUACAUUGCCAACUAUGCCUACGGCAACGUGGGGCCUGACGCGCUCAUUGAGAUGGACCCCGAGGCCAGCGACCUCUCCCGGGGCAUUCUGGCGCUCAGAGACGUGGCUGCCGAGGCUGGGGUCAGCAAGUACACAGGGGGCCGAGGUGUCAGCGUGGGCCCCAUCCUCAGCAGCAGCGCCUCGGACAUCUUCUGCGACAACGAGAACGGCCCCAACUUCCUCUUCCACAACCAAGGCAACGGCACGUUCGUGGAUGCCGCAGCCAGCGCCGGUGUGGACGACCCCCACCAGCACGGGCGAGGUGUCGCCCUGGCCGACUUCAACCGCGACGGCAAAGUGGACAUCGUCUACGGCAACUGGAACGGCCCCCACCGCCUCUACCUGCAAACGAGCAUCCACGGCAAGGUCCGCUUUCGGGACAUCGCCUCGCCCAAGUUCUCCAUGCCUUCCCCUGUGCGCACCGUCAUCGCCGCCGACUUUGACAAUGACCAGGAGCUGGAGAUCUUCUUCAACAACAUCGCCUACCGCAGCCCCUCGGCCAACCGCCUCUUCCGAGUCAUCCACAGGGAGCACGGAGACCCCCUCAUUGAGGAGCUCAAUCCUGGUGACGCCCUGGAGCCCGAGGGCCGGGGCACAGGGGGCGUGGUGACCGACUUCGACAGAGACGGGAUGCUUGAUCUCAUCCUGUCCCACGGGGAGUCCAUGGCCCAGCCGCUGUCCGUCUUCCGGGGGAACCAGGGCUUCAGCAACAACUGGCUGCGGGUGGUGCCCCGGACCCGGUUUGGGGCCUUCGCCAGGGGCGCCAAGGUCGUGCUCUACACCAAGAAGAGUGGGGCGCACCUGCGCAUCAUCGACGGCGGCUCAGGCUACCUGUGCGAGAUGGAGCCCGUGGCACACUUCGGCCUGGGGAAGGACGAGGCGAGCAGCGUGGAGGUGACGUGGCCAGAUGGCAAGAUGGCCAGCCGCAGCGUGGCCAGUGGGGAGAUGAACUCAGUGCUGGAGAUCCUGUAUCCCCGAGAUGAGGACAGGCCUCAGGACCCAGCCCCCCUGGAGUGCGGCCAAGGAUUCUCCCAGCAGGACAAUGGCCAUUGCAUGGAUACCAAUGAAUGCAUCCAGUUUCCCUUCGUGUGCCCUCGAGACAAGCCCGUGUGCAUCAACACCUACGGGAGCUACAGGUGCCGGACCAACAAAAAGUGCAGCCGGGGCUAUGAGCCCAAUGAGGAUGGCACGGCCUGUGUGGCACAAGUGGCCUUUUUAGGUGGGUAUUCCUCGGCAGCCUUUAGCAUCUCUGAGCCGCUCUCUCGGGCCUCCUAUCUUUCUCUAGGCCUUGGACUUUGCCUUCAGUUCUAUGCACUUUAAAUCCCAUCAAUAAAGGAAAACAAAACAAAGCUAACGGCCUUUGUGGAAAACUCAGUCUCCCUCCAGCUGCCUGUCUCUCUCUCCACGCCCAGUAGAUUCGGCUGCAGGCUCCCUGUGAUGGAUAGCAGGGGCAGCCAUCUUUGAAAAGGGAAGUCUGGGAGAUCCUGAGGCAACU